CGCUGGCAAGAAGACCGAAAAUUGUUUAGUUUAUAGUUUGACAACAAAUUGGAUAAAAUGAGCAGCUCAAAGGCCAAAAAAGCCGGCAAGGGCGACCAAAUCCCCAAGCCCAUUAGCAUAAAGAAGGAAAAGAUGGAGGAGGACCGCACGCUGCAACCGAUUUCACACUAUAUAGACGAUCGUCUAGAGUUGGUAAAACAAAUAUUUGGGACCCUUAAACCGAAAACUAUUAUGAACCUGGCUCCCGAGUUUCUAAAGAAAACCCCCCUGGAUGAGAUCGAGGAGCUCUGCCUGGAGGAGCUGCUCUGCUUGUCCACCAAGCGUCUGAAAGCCAUAAUAGAAGGCACUCGAUGUCCCACGGACACCGAGAGCUCUGAGGAUUCCGAUGUAGAGCAGAAGGAGGAACACAUUUCUCUCGAGGAGAUUUCCUCGGACAGCGACAUUGGAGGCCAGGAAUCCCGAAGAACCAAAAAGAAGCUUAAGGCCAAAAAAACGAACAAUGGGAACGAAAACAAGGAGUCGGGGGGUCAGAUGAGCGUUCUGGAACUUCUGGAGCUUCAGGCUCGUGCCCGGGCCAUUCGAUCCCAGUUAGCCAUGGAGCCAAUCACCAAGAUAGAGGUGAAAUCUGAUGAUGACGAUGAUGAGAUCGCAGUGGAGAAAGUUCAGCGAAGGGAGAAGGAAAAGCGUAGCAACAAAAAUAAGGAGUCAGGCAAGCGCAAAUCGCAGGAAAGUAAAGCCACCAGAGAGGGAAAAACCCUUCCCCAAGCAGAAUCGGACAGCACUGGCAAGGAACAGCAAGCGCCCCGCAAGAGAAUCAAAAUCAAACGAAACUAUCGACAGACGUCCAAGUCGCCAGAGAAGGAAGAUUCCGCUCCAACUCCUGCUCCACCUCCUACUUCUGAAACUUCAGUUGCAAAUAAGGAAUCCAGUAAGCCGUCACGUUCCAAAUCGCGUUCAGCUUCACCAGAUGUAAUUACCAUACAAACGGAGCCAGAAACCCUGCUGAUCAGCGACAGCACAGAUGAUGAGGCCACGAAGCAAAAGAGCAAGGCAACAAUAGAGCCGGUUUCACUCGAGCCACCAGCUCCAGUCGUGGAGAGCGAGCCGGAGGAGGGAGAAGUACGCGAUGAACCAGAGGAGCCAGCCAAGGUAGAAGAGGUGGCCGAGCCAGUAGAGCCUGCCCGGUCCGAAGAGUCCGCUAAGCCCGAAGAACCAACUGGGCCAGCAGAGCCGGAAAAGUCAGAUGAGCCUGAAACAUCUGCGGAGAAAGAAAACCUCUUAAAGGAAGCUCCCUUAGCUACACAAAUUUCUCCUGAAGAAGCAAAGGAAUCCACGGUUUCCGAAUCAACAAACUUGGACGACGAAGAUCAAAACGAUGAUGUCAUUUCAAUAGGCGGGGAUCUGGAAAUGAUUGAGGAAAUGACUAAAGAAGACGAGCCACUUCCAGUGAGCAUUAAGAAUGAGAAAAAGGAGAAAGUGCAGGAUCCCGAGGAAAUGGACAACGAUGUCAUAUCCCUGGACACCAGCGAAGAUGAGCGUGACAAAAUACAGCAGCCAGACUCCGAGUCCUGGCGCUCACGGUACAUGAAGAGCUCCAAGGUCAGCCAGGUGCUGGCAGAGUCGCGGCUGGGAAAACGCGUCCGCGACAAACUAAAGAAAUCGAAGCGCAGCAAAGUAGCUGCCAACGAUGAGCAAACAAAAUCUGAAAAGCAACCGGUCUCUUUUACGUCCAAGCAUGAGGAUGGAUCCAUUGAGCAAUACCAGGAGCUGCUCCAGCACCGUCAGCGCAAAACUUCAAAUAGCAGCAAGGGCGAUAAAUAAAUCCACCCACCGAAAGGGACUGGGAUUUUUAUUGAAAAGUCGCGUACUGACGCACAGGUCUGGUUUAUAUGGCAUAUAAAAAUUCGAAUAAAAACCCGUUGUCCUCGGGGGCGGCAGAAAUCGUACAAAAUUUGAAUAUAUCGUGCUAAGCGCAUAUUUGAUUUCUCAUUCGUCUUUUCUUAUAAUGCAUACUCUUUAGGAAAGAGCGUUCAUGUGCUGCGAACAAGUUAAUACAACUGCUUUAUUUUAUCUUAUUACAUUUAUUUACAGAUUUUAAGGUAAUUUUUUGUUGUUUUUAUUUAUUUAGUGGAACGGUACUGUUUUGUGUAAAGUUUUAAAAACUUUGAUGAACAUAUUUAUUUUAAGUUACAGUACUUAGUUAUUACUAUUUGUGCAUAACAAUUUCUGUUUAUUAUUUACUGGUUUUUUAGUUACUUUCUACAUAAUUUAACAUUUUUGUAUAACUCAU